GCUACCAGGUGACGGGCGUCUUUAUGAAGAACUGGGACCCUCUGGAUGAACAAGGAGCUUGCUCCAUUGACAGAGAUUGCGAAGAUGCCUACCGGGUUUGUCAGAAGCUCGAUAUUCCUUUUCACCAGGUUUCCUACGUGAAAGAAUACUGGAAUGAAGUAUUCAGUGACCUCUUAAAAGAGUAUGAAUUGGGAAGGACUCCCAAUCCUGAUAUUGUGUGUAACAAGCACAUCAAAUUCAACUACUUUCUUCAUUACGCUAUGGAUAACCUUGGAGCAGACGCAAUUGCUACUGGGCAUUAUGCUAGGACCUCACUAGAGGACGAAGAAGUGUUUCAACAGAAACAUAUUAAAAGACCACAAAGGCUCUUCAGAAACCGUUUUGAAGUUAGAAAUACUGUGAAACUCCUUCAAGGGGCUGACCUCUUUAAGGACCAGACCUUCUUUCUAAGUCAGAUCUCACAGGAUGCUUUGAGGAAAACCAUUUUCCCCUUAGGAGAUUUAACAAAAAGUUUUGUAAAGAAGAUAGCAGCGGAACAUGGCCUUCAUCAUGUGCUAAAGAAAAAAGAGAGUAUGGGAGUCUGUUUCAUUGGUGAAAGAAACUUUGAAAAUUUCCUUCUUGAGUAUUUAGAACCUCAACCAGGUAACUUUGUUUCCAUUGAAGAUAAGAAGGUGAUGGGAACACACAAAGGUUGGUUCCUCUACACAAUAGGCCAGAGGGCUAGACUAGCAGGCCUGAAGGAUGCUUGGUUCGUUGUAGACAAAGAUGUCAGCACUGGAGAUGUCUUUGUGGCACCAUCAACAGAUCACCCUGCUCUGUACAGAGACCUAUUGCGGACAAACCGAGUGCAUUGGAUAGCAGAGGAACCUCCUGCAGAGCUUGUUAGAGACAAAAUGAUGGAAUGUCAUUUCAGGUUUCGGCACCAGAUGGCACUGGUGCCUUGUGUGCUGACUCUAAACCAAGAUGGGAGUGUGUGGGUGACACUAGUGAAGCCAGCAAGAGCUAUCACACCUGGGCAGUUUGCCGUGUUCUACAAGGGUGACGAGUGCUUGGGCAGUGGCAAGAUCCUAAGGAUGGGCCCAUCGGUGUACACCAUGCAGCAGGGUAAAAACCGAGAGGAGGGUCCAAAGAAGGAAGAGAUUGACCAGAUAGAACCAGUAACAUAACACAUGGGUUUGUUUAUUGAAGGACUUUGGGGAAUUUGCUACCUGAAAAUAAUAAAAACA